AUGACCUUAAUAAGAUCCAUGUUACUGCGCAGUCGUAAAUUAACACCAAUUCAGGACUGUGUUGUAUGUGGCUUGAGGUUGCAAUCAACGUUACAAGAACCUCAACGACAAAGACUUGUUUUGCUUGGUACGGGUUGGGGAAGUUAUAGUGUAUUAAAGAGUAUAAAUAAAAAACUUUUCGAUGUGAUAGUUGUCAGUCCAAGGAACCAUUUUUUAUUUACACCUUUGUUAAAUAGCACAACUGUAGGCACUUUAGAGUUUCGCAGCAUUAUUGAACCGGUGCGAAACUCAAAGUUUCGAGAUGAUCAUCAUUUUCAGCUAUCUCAGGCAGUGGGUUUGAAACCAGAUGAAAACAUUGUGGUCUGUAAAGCAGAACUUACCAAUGAGGAAUAUGAAUUAAAAUAUGACAAGUUAGUUAUCGGUGUUGGUGCAACUAGUAAUACAUUUGGUAUCCCUGGAGUAAAAGAAAAUGCUUUUUUUAUGAAAGAAAUUUCUGAUGCAAGAAAAGUAAGGGAUAGAAUAAUUUCUAACUUUGAGUUAAGUUUAUAUCCGAAUGUGAGCAAAGAAGAACAAGAAAGGUUGCUGCAUUUUGUAAUAGUUGGUGGUGGCCCUACUGGUGUUGAAUUUGGUGCUGAACUAUAUGAUUUUAUUACGCAAGAUGUAACACGGUUAUUUCCAGAAGAGAAACAAUAUGUUAAAGUAACUCUUGUUGAGGGACAGUCAUUGUUACCAAGCUUUGAUCAACGGUUAAGGGAUUUUGCUGAACGUAAGAUCAAACAGAGGCAGAAUUUUAACAUUUCUAAAGAUUUUGUCGUUGAAGUUGGUGAGGGUUAUGUGAAAUUGAAAUCUGGUGACGUCAUUCCCACUGGACUUGUUCUUUGGUCAACUGGCCUUGCGCCAAGACCAUUUAUAGAAUCUCUUGAUCUACCAAAAAGUAAAAGCAAGCAACUUUUAGUUGAUGGACAUUUGAGAGUUCAAGGUUAUGAUAAUAUAUACGCCAUAGGUGAUUGUUCUUAUAUUGAGGAUAAUCCAUUACCCUGUACAGCUCAAGUUGCUGAAAGAGAAGGAAGAUUUGUAGCAGAUUUUCUUGCUAAACAGAUAACUCACGACGCUACUUCCAUAAAAGCUUUCGCGUGGGCUGACAUGGGAAUGUUAGCUUACAUAGGCGAUUACAAAGCUGUUGCUAAUCUGCCAUCGCAAUAUGGCAAACUCACUGGAUUUAAAACAUGGUUGCUAUGGAGAUCAGUAUACAUGACAAAGCUUGGGAGUUGGAGGAACCGCAUGCAAGUGCCAUAUGAUUGGGCAAGAACAUUUUUCUUUGGUCGAGAUACCUCCAGGUUCUAGCACUGUUAUGUUACGUUAAGAAAUUCCAUGAGUACGCUAUCAGAUCUUUUAAUAAAAAUUAGAAUGGACUGAUGCAUAAUUCAUACAGUCUCGUAUGCAUACCUGGGGGCACUGUGGCAUGUAUUAAAUUUUUUUGGAUAACACAAAGAUUCUUAUUGAUGAAUAUCGAUGAUUAGUGCAUGUAGCAAUUUCAUCAAAAGGCUCAGGAUGGAAUCACGCAGGGGAAAGUUCCUGCACUAGACAGAUAUACAAUAUACAUACAUAUACACACAUAUAUGUAUAUAUAUAAAUAGUUUUUAUUUCAAUAAUACAUUUUAUGAGUGA